UUGUUUUGAUCAAUCCAGUUGCUAGAAAUUCUAAAAUGGCAACUCUGUCUUUUGAUUGCUGUCACCAUCAGGCAUCAAAUGCACACUCCGAUCCGAUUAAAAUUUAUUUUAAAUCGUCAGCAAUUUAUGUAAAAAAUUUAUUGUGAUAGACGCACGCGUCAAAUUAUCUGCCUUCUAUGGGCGUUCAUGUUUUCGUGUAAAAAAUGAUUGAGUUUACGAUAAAAACAUUGGAUUCCAAUAACCACCGGUUCUCAGUCGACGAUGAGAUCACGGUGGAACAACUUAAGGAGAAGGUGAGGGAGCAGAUGGGAAUAGAACCCAGCCUUCAACGUCUAAUCUUCUGCGGCAGAGUACUGCAAGAUGAGAAACGUCUCGCAGAAUAUGAUGUCAACGGCAAAGUCGUGCACUUGGUGCAGCGAGCACCACCCGGGCCUGAGACGCGGCAGAGCGUCCCAAGUGCUCCGACUGUCAACUCCGGAUCUGAAAACACUGCAUCCAACAACAUGCAGCAACAAAUAAGGAGGCUGAUGUCGCUUGCCGGUCCUUCUGACUUCUUGAUGGACCAACAAGUAACGAUGUCACCGACCACCGGCCGCCUCGAGUUUAUUCGCCGAAUGAUCGCAGAAAUCAAAGCAUCGCUCGCCUCCCUUAGAGCGCAUGUCGAAGGAGAGGAAAAUAGGAGUUCACCAGCAAGCGGUGAAAGUCCUACUGAGCAAAUGGAUACUGACCCAGCGUCCGGUACGCAGCAUGACGAGCCUGAACCCCUGCUUGACGAAAAUGGCGAUGAAACCACCGAUGCCGCAGCUCGCGCCCAAAAUGCGCGCCGCAGAAGCUACAGAGCCAUCAGAGCCCUGCGCGCUCGCCACACCCGCCCACGUGACCUUGCCCAGUUACUUGAGGAGUUAGAAACUCUUCAGGAACAAUUCACGCCAUACCGGGCCAACUACAUCAGGAUGCUUAGAGCCGCCAAUAACCCCGAGCCACCUGUAUAUACAGAAGAAGAACGUAUCAGUGCUCAGCGUACUGUAGAUAUGGUAACAGAUAUAAUGCACAGUUUCGCGCACGCCUACCAUGCCAUUAGCGACAUCAACUUCCAAGUCGGUCAGCGCAACCCACGCCUUACUUCCGAUACCAGCGUCGUUCGUCACCCUAUCCCGAUGCAGGCCCACAUCAACGUAGUGCAGUCAAACCGACGUAAUCCACAACAACAGUCAUCGCAGCAACAAUCGCAGUCACAGAACUCGCAGGCUGCCGCGAGUCCUCAGCAACAGCAAGCGACGGCGCAACCCGCGGCCCAGCCACAAACCGGCUCUGCGGCCAACACGGCCAGCCGCCCGGCCGGCAACAGGGGCCCCACCAUCCAAACGUCUAUCGCUGGCGACGGUAUCACGAGCGUUCAGGGAGUCCAACCAAGCGGCCACACCACUGCUCAUGCCGGUAGGACGACCCAACCAACCGUCAACAUAAACAUUCAGCCAGAUCCCAUCACGUAUCAAGUAGAGAUAGAGACAAGGGUUCCCAUCGCAUUCCCCUUAGAGAAUGCUCUGCUGAACGGUUUGACUAACGCCGCUGCUGUGGUCAAUGCCCAGGAGCAGGGCAACAACGGCGCUGCCGCCACCAGGCGUCAAGUACUGCUCGAUUUUGAGAAUUUAUUUAGAGGAUUGAGCCAAUCGGCCGGUCUUGGUGGAGUAGAAGUUGUGAUGAGUAUGGAGGAGAUACCGCACGGAGGUCCUGUUGGCGUUGGCACGAUCCUUACCGGUUCUAAUAGCGCCGGAACUGGAACCGGCACCGGUACUGGUACCGGUACUGCUACUGCUACGGCUACGGUCACUGGUACCAGCACUGGCACUGCAACUAACACUAGUGCUACGACUGGUACCGGCACUACCACAGCCACGGCUACUGCCACGGCCACUGCCACUGCCCCGGCCACUGGCACGGGCACUGGCACCGGUACUGGCACUGGUGCCGGAACUGGAACUGGCACUGGCACUGGAACUACUGGCUCACAGCCCGCGGCGGGCGAGAGCGGAGUAUACGUCGCUCCGAUGCCUUGGGGCGGAGCACCAAGUGCCGACUUGCUGCAGAACAUAGUAUCAUCAGUGAUCCGCCAGGGCCUUGUGCCUGGCGUAGAGGGCGUGACCUUGCACAUCCCGAGCGUGCCGACCGCAGCUCAAUUGGCGCCAGUACUGCAGGCUCUACAGAACCCGAACUACCAACCAGCAGCAACACUGCUAGCGCCUCACCCUAACCAAGUGGCCGAGGCCUUGCAGGCUGCUCAAGCUGCGCAGGCUGCUCAAGCUGCACAGGCUGCACAAACUGGACAAACUGGACAAACAGGACAAACUACACAGUCGGGCACUGGACAGACACCUGCAACGGCUAGCCAGGAUUCAAACUCGACGAACACCACGUCGAAUUCUCAAUCUGCGAGUCUGCACCUUCGCCGUGCUACGACCACGACUCGCGCCCAGGCCGUCUCUCUGGCUACUCUGAUUUAUGAUAGAUUCUUGCAAUGCGACAGUCAGCACGCUCGUCGUCGCCUGCAACGUCGCAGGGAGCAACAGCAACAACAGCUGGUACAACAGGAACGAGCUCGAGCCGAGAGAGUAGCUGCUCAGAAUAUCGAGUAUUUGAUGCACCGCAACCAUCACAUCAAUGACGAGCACAUGACUAUUAUUGUGCGUCUUCUCAGCAGCGCUCCUUCACAGGAGUCUUGGUUCAGCGCUUUCUUGCUGACGGUUGCUCGUCACUUGUUCCUUCCGGAACCACUGCAGUCGAUGAACGGCGAACCAGUGCUCGUCCCCCACGAGUUCAUGCAAUUGCGCGUUCUGUUGCGCAACUACAUACACAACCUCACGACCAGGGCUAACUCCCAAGGAUCCGACACCUCAGUAUUGGCUGUUACUGAUUUCUUCGUCAGCGAAUUCCGCGACUUUAUCAAUGAAAUGCAUACUAUCACUCCACUGCGUGAUGAGUUUGAUGCCUACGCCUCCAUUCGCUCGUUGUUCCGUGCCCGCCUCCCGGCCCUGAUCGGCGCAGUAAUGUCAGACUCCACAGGAGAAAUGUACCCCGCUCGAUUCUACGCUGUCUUCUCCCGGCUCUACACUGAUUUCUGCACUUUGAUUUCACACUUGUGCGUUGAAGGCCUUGAUGGCUUGCGUCAGCUUUACAGGACCUUCUUGGAUCUUAGAAUUCGCUAUUUCGACGAAUCUAUUCAGGAAAUGGUAUUAGUACUCGCCAAUGAGAAUCUGAAUGCUAUUAUAAACACAUUGGGUUCCCAUUGCGCUCACAUUCAGCAACAUCUCCACCGCCGGCCAGGAGCCACCGCUGUGACAUCGCCGCCACCACUGGAAGAUGAGCAGCCCACUCCGAUGGAGGUGUCACCGUCGUCACAGCCGGCUCGAGAAGAGCCAGCACAAACUAAUGAAAGUUCUCAGUCUAGCGCAGCUCCUUCAGCACAGGAAGAGACCCCGGUGAGCCCGAGCUCGGGCUCGGUGCCGGCGGCCGCGCCCGCGGUAUCCGCGCCGGCCACUACCGCCGCCUCGCACACCGUCACCUCCAACACAGCCCCGCAGUCACCCGUCACCUCGCCCAGUCGUGUUAUGACCCCGAAGGAAAGGAGUGAGCCGGCGUCUCCGACACGCAACGCGAGUGACCAAAACUUACGAUUCGUACCGCCGUUGAUGAUUCUGCAGCACUGGGGCGAGGAGUGGGUGCCAGUGUUCACUCGUGAUCAACAGAAUCAGCGAUCGGAGCCGCAGGAGCCGUACAGCGAUGCCUAUAUUUCGGGGAUGCCGUCGCGCAAGCGGCGAUGCCUACGCCAGACUCGACCGCCUACCACACUAAAUGGAUUUAUGGAAGAGAGUUUGCGUGAAGCAGCCAACGACCGGCCAGCUACCAUGCAAGCACAAGCGCAGGACAACGCCCCGAUGCGCAUUGCAUUCCGUGAAUAUAUGCGGAAUUAUGUUCGGGAGCGUGCUGCUAAUUCCACGGAUUACGACGCAACGCGAUUCACGUCUGCCGCUCGAUUUAUCAACAUGAAUAGGACAAGUAGUAGUGUACCGCCGCCACAAGAGAACGGCGGCGGCCAACCGCAGGAAGAGGAGUGAAUAGUUUUGUAAGCCAUUGUAUUCGGCUUAUUCAAUAGUAGUUUGCUUAUAGUUUACGGUGUUCUACAUAUUUACAGCUUGCAGUUAGGAGUCAUAGUUUCCAAUGGUCUCUCAAUGUCUAAAUGUUAAAUUAAUGCAAUAGGUAAUAAUAUUAUUGUAACUUAUAUACAGUGGAAACCCGAUUAUAUUGACCGCGGCCUCUGCCGUACGCAUGCAACUUGUUUGAUGGAAUCAUUUGUUCCUUGAUAAUGUAUUAGUGUAAUUUUAAACGUGCAUUUGAUUUACUUGAUGCCCAAAGGACGUGUACUGAUUUUAUUGGGAUCUUGAGGUAUUAGAUAGCUAAUUUAUGAAGUACUUCUAUUUUAUAUAUUAUUUUUACAGAAGACGCACCUAUUUAUUUUUAACAUGAUAUUUAUAUUAAUUUUAUUUAUUGAUGAAGCAUGACAUGAAAACUUUAUAAAAAAAUAACAUUAACGAAAUACAGUUUUCUUAUUUUACAAAUAAUAACUACUUACAAUAUCUAUUGUGGGAUGAUGGUUGUGAUGCUGCCUGUAAAAUACAGACGUUUACCGGGUUAAGUAACGCGGUGUGACUAUACUUAUUGCCGACCCUAAUUGAGUUGGGAAAGAUUAUGAAUGAGUAUUGGCAAAGUCAGAUAUAUUAUUCCAUGUAAUCGGGUAUUUACUGUACCGUUCAAACUUUUUACUUAGAAUUGGUUAAAAAUAUUUCAUCAUUGAAUUAAUCAAUAUUAAAGUAGUGACAGUAAAUUAUUAGGAAUGUAAUCGCCUAAGUAAGCGAGUUAUCAUACUUAAAUAAUUAUCCAUAAACGAUAGAUGUCUACAAUUAAUAUGUGUUUAUUAUAAUAGUUGUAAUUACUGUUCUCAUCAAAUAUCAAAGCUGCUCAAAAUUUUGGUUUGCUUAGGGCGGUAAGUCGGCGGAGUCUCGCACAUGAUAAAUCACAAUAAUUGAGCUUGAAAACACAAGGGUUGGAUUUGAAGAGCCUGAAUUGAUAUUUGACGUGGAUUUUUAAACUAGAACUAGAAACGAUUGAUGUCUACGGUUAAUGUGUUUAUCCUUGUCCUACAUACCCCACUCCCGUAAUUGUCUAAGUACAAUAUUAAUCUCAAAUUGAUUGUCUACAUUACACAAUAGUUAAGAAGUCGAAUAGACAUAAAUAUAACAGUAGAAAACUAGUUAAUUAUUCAAUUUCAUAGUCAGUAAAUGUUUCCAGAUAAUCUCUGUCAAUUCUUCACACCAUAUACCAACCAUAUCCGAAUGGGUAUUCUGUGUUUAUUCAAAUAAAUGUAACUUACCAUUAUGGACGUAGAUUUUAUUCUUAUCAUAAAUAAAUAAUUAGCCAAAUCCACAAUUGUGAACAAUUCUCGGUGUUUGUUGUUUGAAAAUAGUGACUUGAGUACUCGAACGCUACUUAGGUAACUUUAAAUUGUCCUAGUUUGCAGUAGUGUCAGAGCGGAUGCACACUACUGGUAUACGGAGAGUUUGACCAACCUAAGUGUCGUAUGAGUAUUUAAAAAAUAGUUCCAACGCAUGUAUUAUACCAGUACUUAACUAUAUGAGUACUAUUGUCUUCUCAAUCGUCCGUACACGUGUGCAAUUGUUUUUAUAUUCUUUUAACUCACUCUAUCAUGUUUUGAUUAUUCUGUUUGUUAAUAAUUUCACUUUUCUUUGUUAUACUUCGAAUACUUAACUACAUUUGAGUUCGCCUUCUGUAAUUUCACACUAAUUGUAUCUAAUUACUCGCUUAUUAGCGUAAAUCAAGUUAUUAUUGUGUUUUAAAGUUAAAUGAAUUUUACAUGAAAUUUUUUUAUGAGAAAUGGUGUGUUUGUGGCCUUGGUUUGCCUUAUUUCCUUCUAAGAUCCCACCGAAUGAGGGCAAUUCGAUAUUAGUUGAUCCAGAAAAUAUAUCUACUAAAUGCGCGUUUUAAAUGUGAUAAUUAAAUGACUUUGAAGCGUUGGGGAGGGUGACAAUAAUGGAGUUAUUUAUUUCUUACAAUGAAUUAAGGGUUUACGAUUUGGCACUUACUGGACAUGGUUUUGUUUGUCCAUAGUUUUAAUAAGAAAAGUGUCGCGACGAUAUAAGAGACGAGCACUUAAAACAGCCGUUUAUUUUAUUCUUGUUUUAUUUAUAACUCAACAGCAAUUAUUCGGUGGGGCUAUGAAGUUGUUUUUAACACUAACAUUAAGUUCUGGUUUAACAUUUCAUUAGAGAUCCUAGUUUUCUAUUUACAAUUGUGUAGACGGAUUCAUUUUAUGAGGUAAUCGUUGAAUAUUUAUCACUUUACUUACAAUAACUUUUAAGCGGACCGAUAAACGGUGAAUGCAUGUGUAGUAAUUUCUGGAUUAAUAAAUAAAAAAAAUA